AGUCGAAUUAUAUCCGUGCGAGUUGACGCUUCGAGCACGCGCUCGUGUUUAGUGAUGUACAUAUUACUAUUGUCGGGUUAUCAAAUUGAUUGUUAAUGUUAAUACCAUAGUGUUAAUACCAUGAAUUUCUUUUCUACUUAAUAAGUGACUGUAUAUUUCGUUCCCAGAAGUGCAAAAAAAUGACAAAGUACGAGAGUACAGUUCCGGGCAUGACCUACCCGUCAGGUCGCGAUGAUCCUUUAAAGACGUGCUUCAGUUUCCUCGAGGGACGGCGAAAAGAUGACGGGGCAGAAGGUUUGUGGCGAAUUUAUGACAACCUCUACGACUUGGACUCGUUCAUACGAAAUCAUCCCGGAGGUUCCGAGUGGUUAACCAUGACGCGGGGAACGGACAUCACAGAAGCAUUUGAGGCCCACCACAUAACAGAUAAGGCCGAGCGAUUGUUGCCGCAGUUUUUCGUGCGCAAGGCCGAGACGUCUAGGUCACUGGCCUAUACCUUCGAUUCGAGCGGCUUCUAUAAAAAAUUCAAAGCAAGGGCUCGUGAGGCCCUGAAGGAUGUGGACUUUCACACAUCGUCUCCUAGAUCCAAACGUAUCACCGAUUUAAUGGUGACGAUGGCCAUCCUAGGUGCCAUCUCUGCUGCUAUCACCAAGUCUUGGAUGGCAAUUGCUUUUACUGCUCUUUUUCUCACGUGGACGGUGAUAUGCGCGCACAAUUUCUUUCACAUGAGGGACAACUCCCGCAUGUUCUACUUCGACAUGAGUUUGAUGUCGUCAAAGGAGUGGCGGAUAUCACACGCGCUGAGCCACCACCUCUAUCCCAAUACUCUUUGGGACAUGGAGAUAUAUGCCCUGGAACCUUUCAUCGCUUACAUGCCCACCAAGGACAAAACGCUUUUGUAUCGGCUGGUGAUGCUGGCUUUUGAACCGCUAGUCUUUGGUCUCUGUUUUUUCGGCCAAGCCGUCAAACGAUAUUACUCAAUAUUUGCGGAAUGGAAGAGCCCGGAAUUCCGGGAUAUCGUGCCAUUCUUCUUGCCGAUCAUAAUGAGCUUUUUCGCCGCAUCGCCCUUUGAGGCGGUUAAAACAUGGCUGUGUAUCAUAAUCCUUAGCAGCUUUAUCUUCAAGUUGAUCGGACUGACAUCUGCUCAUCAUCAUCCCGGAAUUUUCCACGAUGGCGAUGUUUGUCGAAAGGACCUCGAUUGGGGUCUGAUGAUACUUGAUGCAACGCGCGAUCGCAAGGUGAUCGACGACUCGCUGUUUCUCGUUUUGACCAACUUUGGCUCACACGGGAUGCACCAUUUACUUCCAACCGUAGACCACGCGUACCUGGAGCUCUGCGUACCAGCGUUCAUCGAAACCUGCCGUGAGUUUGGCGUCAACGUUGAUAAGUUCAGUUCCUGGGAGCUGGUCAAGGGUCAGUUCCAGCAACUCAUGCGCUUUGAGCCACGAAAGAACUACCGCGGUGGACCCGAUUGUAGCCCUUGCUUAUCUUGAGUGUACAGGAAUAGACAUCUUUGUAGUUCGAAUAAAUUCUUGCAUACUGUAUGCAAUCUAAGAGUAAAAAUCCAGUUUGAUAAUU